AAAUAUAAACGGCUGAGAUUCACUCCCCGGCUUUCAUUUUCCUCCCCACUCCACUCAAGAACUCCCCCCCUAAAACAAGAGAAGAGCGAGUAGUAGAAAACACAGAUUUCGCAAGAAAACAAGAUGCUGGGGAAGCGCGGUCGGCCUCCGUUCCGGCGAACCACCAGCAUGACGGGGAUCACCGUCGAUUUGGGAAACCACGUCGAAGAGGGUCGGCCUCCGGCGCUCUUUGUAGAUGAUGAGUUCAAGGCUUUAGAGCAAGGACCGUCGUUGGAGCGACAGGCGGCGGUGGUGCCGAAUGGGUAUGACCUCCAGUACACGGCCAUGGUUUCGCCGAGAUACUACGCCGGUUGGAGGUCCACCGGCGAUGGUUAUAAUAUACAGACGGCCGAUUUCUUGAGGAGUUGCGGCCUUUGCAACCGCCGGCUGACACCUGGCCGUGACAUCUACAUGUACAGGGGUGACACAGCAUUUUGUAGUCAAGAAUGUCGGGAACAACAAAUGAAGCAAGACGAAAGAAAGGAGAAGUGCAAAGUGAAGCUGGGAAACAAGGGCGAAAACCACCACAGUCUUUCUGAAAUCUCCACCGCUAAUUCAGACGCCGCUGCCGCCUCUGGCAAUAACGAGACGGUGGCGGCCGCGUAAACAAUGUAACUGCCGCCGUGCAAGCUAUGGUGUAACGAUAUGUAUGUAUAUACAUACGUCGUACGUUUCCAUGCACGCAACAGCGUUUAGUUUUACCAUGAUGAGCAUAUAAUUACGAGUAAUAAUAAUUAUAAGUAUGGUGUGGGUAACUAAUUAAGGCUUUAUUAUAUUGCGUUAACUUUCAUGCAAGGAUUAUCAACUUUGUGUCUCCAACGUUUGCACUUGUUGUACCAAAGGUAAUGUAGCUAGUAUUUAGAUCGUUCUCCCUGUAGUUAAUGUGAUGAAAUUCUAAUGUCAAAUUAGUGAUGUACUUACAAUGGACCACUGAAUCUUUUGCAUACUAUUUCUUAAUGCA